AUGCAGUGCAUAGCAGCUUUGCUUGCUCUUGCAAGCAUAUUCACAGGCAUAAAUGCUAGCUUCAAUCAUGACUACGGAAAUCACUUGAUGCAAGAGCGCGCGCUACCAAAUGCACCAGAUGGGUAUACACCAACUACGGUCGAAUGCGCUGCGAGUCGUCCCACGGUGCGCAGUGCGACAGCACUCUCGUCGAACGAAUCGUCAUGGCUGAGGACUCGAAGGAACAAUACACUGUCGGCCAUGAGAGAAUUCUUCGGCCAUGUCAAUAUUACGGACUUUGACGCUGUGGGGUACAUCGACGGCAUCUCGAGCAACACCUCCAAUCUGCCUAACAUUGGCGUCGCUGUCUCUGGUGGAGGGUACCGGGCUCUGAUGAACGGUGCUGGGGCAAUCAAGGCUUUUGAUAACCGUACAGAAAAUUCCACCAGCAGUGGCCAGCUGGGUGGGUUGCUGCAAUCAGCAACGUACUUGGCUGGCCUCAGUGGUGGGGCGUGGUUAGUGGGAUCUAUAUAUUUGAACAAUUUCUCCACCAUCUCGUCGCUCCAGACCUACGAUGAUGGGGAUGUCUGGCAAUUCCAGAACUCGAUCUUUGAAGGUCCCGACGGGGAUAGCAUCCAGAUUAUUGAUACGGCGACCUACUACAGAGAUAUAUAUGACGCAGUGUCUGGAAAGGAUGAUGCAGGUUGGGAGACAUCCAUUACUGAUUACUGGGGCCGCGCUCUUUCAUACCAGCUCGUCAACGCCACUGCCGGAGGAAUCAAUUACACCUGGUCAUCCAUAGCCCUGACCAACUCCUUCAGAAAUGCAGAAAUGCCAAUGCCCAUACUAGUUGCAGAUGGCCGGUACCCAGGCGAGCUCCUAGUCAGCAGCAAUGCCACAGUCUACGAAUUCAAUCCCUGGGAAUUCGGCACCUUCGACCCAACGGUCUACGGCUUCGUCCCAGUCCAGUACCUGGGCUCACGCUUCGUAGCCGGAUCCCUUCCAAGCAACGAGAGCUGCGUCCGCGGGUUCGACAAUGGCGGAUUCAUCAUGGGAACCUCAUCCACUCUAUUCAACCAAUUCCUCCUUCAAAUCAACACAACCAGCCUCCCCAGCUUCCUAAAAGACGUAUUUACAAAAAUCUUAGAAGAUCUCGGCGAAGACAGUCAAGACAUAGCAGUUUACACCCCCAACCCCUUCUACCUAUGGGCCAAUUCCACCUCGCCAUCCGCAAGCGAGACAGUCCUCGACCUCGUGGACGGCGGUGAGGACCUCCAAAACAUCCCCUUACAUCCACUCAUCCAACCAGAGCGCCACGUGGAUGUCAUCUUCGCGGUAGACUCCUCGGCAGACACACAGUAUAACUGGCCCAACGGCACCGCUCUAGUCGCUACCUACGAGCGCAGCCUAAACACCACCGGCAUCGGCAAUGGAACGUCUUUCCCUGUUAUUCCCGACCAGAAUACAUUCGUCAAUGAGGGGCUCAACACGCGCCCGACGUUUUUCGGGUGCAACUCGUCGAAUACCACUGGUCCGGCGCCGUUGGUUGUGUACCUCCCUAACUUCCCGUACGUGACAUUUUCAAACGUGUCGACGUUCGAUCCGAGUUACUCGGAGGCGCAGAGGGAUAGUAUCAUCUUCAAUGGGUACGAUGUAGCCACGAUGGGGAAUAAUAGUCGCGAUGGGGAAUGGUCUGCUUGUGUUGCGUGUGCUGUUCUAAGUCGGUCGUUUGAACGGACUAACACUACGGUGCCGGAUCAGUGUAACCGGUGCUUUGACAGGUAUUGCUGGGAUGGCACUACGAAUAGCUCGAAUCCGGGUACUUAUGAGCCCAGUACGGUGUUCGAUAAUGUUGCGUACGCUGUAUUGCCUGCUGUUUUUGCGACUGUGGCGGCUGCUGCGACUGUUUCGGCGUUUAUGUAG